UCUACAGACGCAUGAUCUCUGUUAGUAACACACACUCCACGGCAGCAGCAGCAGCAGCAGGAAUGCCUGAGCCCAGCUCAGCUCCUCCAGCAGACUCAUGUACCCUAACCCUAACACGUACCCGCGGGUCAUUCUGAAGGGAACUUUAUUUAAGAAGUCUCAGCAGAAGCGCAGAACCUCCCCCUGCAAUUAUAAAGAGCGCUACUUCAUACUCAACACUGAGGACCUGACCUAUUCAGAGCGUCGCCCUGGGAAAAAGCCGAUUCAGAAAGGCUGCAUCGAGCUGUGCCGUAUUAAAUGUGUGGAGAUUGUGCGCAGCGAUGUUCCGAUACCCUGCGAAUACAAGUACCCCUUCCAGGUGGUCUAUGACAGCUACUAUCUGUACAUGUUUGCUCCAGACAAUGACUGCAGGCUAAAGUGGGUCAGAGCUCUUAAAGAAGAGACCAAACACAACAAACUGUUUUCCACCUACCAUCCUGAUUUCUGGGGAGAUGGACGAUGGAGGUGCUGUGGACAUAUGGAGAAGCUGGCGCCUGGAUGCAGUGAAUAUUACCCCACUGGAACAGCAUCUAAAAAACCACUCCCUCCAACACCAGAUCCACAGAGGAGAUACUCCUGCUCAGAGCAGAAGGUCGUGGUGGCUAUAAAGAAUUUCAAGCCUGUAGAAAAGACAGACAUCCCUCUGCACAAAGACGAGGAGUACAUCGUCAUCGACACGUCAGAACCCAACUGGUGGACUGUCCAGGAUAAAGAUGGGAAUGUUGGGAUGGUGCCCUGCUUGUACAUCACAGAGAAAUUCUCUAAUGAUAUUGAGAAAUAUGAGUGGUAUAAUAAAGAUAUAACCCGGGCCGAGGCUGAGGAGCUGCUGAUGAAAGAGAGUAAGGAAGGAGCCUUCAUGGUGCGUGACUCACGGCAGGCAGGAGCCUACACAGUGUCUGUGUUCACCAAAGCUCCAGGGUCGAAUGGGGAGAAGAAUCCCAGGGUGAAGCAUUAUAAAGUCCGACAGACUGAAAAUGAAGAUGGAAAGUUUUAUUUAGCAGAGAAAUAUUUAUUCAGCACCAUCCCAGAGCUCAUCAACUAUCACCAGUACAAUGCAGCAGGUUUGAUAACCAGGCUGAGGCACUGCGUGUGCCAAGACAGAGGAAAUUCUCCCAGGAUUGAGGAAAUCGUAUCAGAAAAGUGGGAGGUGGACCCGGACGAGCUGAGUCUGGGGAAGGAGCUGGGCUGUGGGCAGUUCGGGGUGGUUUUAGAAGGAUUCUGGAACGGUAAGAAAGUGGCCGUGAAGACCGUACGCGAGGACGCCAUGUCCGAGGAGGAGUUUAAAGAGGAGGCUAAAAUUAUGACGAAACUGUCCCACCCUAAGCUGGUGAAGCUGUAUGGCAUGUGCAUGCAACGCUCACCCAUGUGUCUGAUCUUCGAGUUCCUGGAGAAUGGCUGCCUGACGGACUUCCUGCGCUCCAAAAAAGGCUCCUUCAAGCCGGAGGAUCUGCUGGGGAUGUGCCUGGAUGUGAGCGAGGCCAUGGACUACCUGGAGAGUUCCAACUUUAUACACAGAGAUCUGGCGGCGAGAAACUGCCUGGUCUCAGAAAAGCUUGAGGUGAAGGUGUCUGAUUUUGGAAUGACCAGGCCUGUGCUGGAUGAUCUGUACGUCUGCUCAACCGGCUCCAAAUUCGCCAUGAAGUGGUCGUCACCAGAGGUGAUCAACCACACCAAGUUUAGCAGCAAGUCAGACGUGUGGUCAUUCGGUGUGCUGAUGUGGGAGAUCUACAGCGAGGGGCGGCUGCCCUACGAGUAUCGCUCCAACGCGGAGGUGAUCGAGUCCCUGAACGCCGGACAGAGGUUACUGCAGCCCCGCCUCUGCCCAGAAACCGUUUACCAGCUGAUGCAGUGGUGCUGGAAAGAGAAACCUGAAGACCGGCCGUCCUUCGCUCUGCUCCUCCAUCAGCUGGCCUCUCUUGCUGACUUCUGAGCCAUGGAUUGUGUUAAAUUUCAUACACAAAUCAGAAACCUGAAUAUAGAUAUAUUGUACAGUUUAUAGCAGUUUAUUUAUUUGUAAAUUCUAUUUAUUUCUACAUUUUUUAUAUUUCUGAGCAACCUUGAUCUAAUGGAUCAGCCUUUGGUGCCUUAGUAGAUAAAUAUAUGGUAAGCCAUUUUUGCCUAAAAUUACACCAGUGAUAAAGUCCUAACUUGUAUAAUGUACACUGUAAUAAUAUAAUAUAAUUUU